GCUGCUGUGGGCUGGGAUCUCGGCCCAGAGGACGGGCUGUGUAGGAAGGGGUAGAGAGACACCGCUGGGCCCGAGGCCCUGGGGCAGGGGGCAGAGUCUGGACGUGUAGGAUCGCUGCCCGGGGCCCUGGGAUGAGGCCCUGGGAGGACUAGGCCUCUGGAGCAUCCUGCCAUUCUCCUAUGUCCAACUGCAGACACACAGAUCCGAGGAGAACAGGCCCUGCCCCGCAGGCUUCGAGGAGGAGGAGGAGGCGCCACUGCGGAGUUGCAGCAGACGCAGUUGGAGACAGUAUGACGAGCAAGGUGAUAGAAGACGAGAAGCAAUUCUACUCCAAGGCCAAGACGUACUGGAAGGACGUCCCCCCGACGGUGGACGGCAUGCUCGGGGGGUACGGCCACAUCUCCAGCAUCGACAUCAACAGCUCCCGGAAGUUCCUGCAGAGGUUUCUGAGGGAAGGCCCCAACCAGACGGGGACCUCCUGUGCCCUGGACUGCGGCGCCGGCAUCGGCAGGAUCACCAAGCGGCUGCUCCUGCCGCUCUUCCGGGCGGUGGACAUGGUGGACGUGACAGAGGACUUCCUGGCAAAAGCGAAGACCUACCUGGGUGAGGAGGGCAAGAGGGUGAGGAACUACUUCUGCUGUGGCCUCCAGGACUUCAGCCCGGAGCCCAACUCCUACGACGUCAUCUGGAUCCAGUGGGUGAUAGGCCACCUGACCUAUCUGCACCUGGCCGAGUUUCUGCGGCGCUGCAAGCAGGGCCUGUGCCCCAACGGCAUCAUCGUCAUCAAAGACAACAUGGCCCAGGAGGGCGUGAUCCUGGACGAUGUGGACAGCAGCGUGUGCCGGGACCUCGAGGUGGUCCACGGCAUCUUCCGAAGCGCAGGCCUCAGCCUCCUCGCCCAGGAGCAGCAGGAGAACCUCCCCGAUGAGAUCUACCACGUCUACAGCUUGGCCCUGAGAUGAGCAGGGCUGCAGGGCAAGAGGGACCGGCAGGGGCGGACAGCUGGCAGCCAGGUGCCAUCAGAGGCUCAUUCUGAUGGUUCGCAGGAGUUGAGUGAGGCCAGUAAAUGUACCUGCCUGCCAUCCACUGGCCAUACAGGCUCUUUAACCACAGGACCCACCGGGGAGGAGUGCCAUCCAGUGGGCAGUGAGGCAGGCGCCUGGCUCCGCUGCCCUCGGGUGGGGCCUGGGCAGUGCAGGUCUGUGGGGUAUGGCGACCCAGCAGAAGCGGAGACUCCUGGUCUCCAUCACCAGCCACAGGCCUGGCGCCUUAAGAGGAAGAGAACCCUGACCCCGGCUGAGGACACGACCUCCGGGGAGAGGCGCAGCCGCUGUGUCGCAGCUGGUGGCAGGUUCAUGUUCCGAGUCCUCUGGUGAUGGGCCCUGGUGUCCCUAACGUGGUGGUCACAGCAGCCCGCAGCCUGCAGCCGGCAGAGGCCCGCGGCUCACUCUUGGCCGUGCCUUGUGGUUCCUCCUUGGCGGACGUUUUCAGUCAGAAAUAAAGAGGGUGAAUCCCUGUGUUGGAAGGCC